AUGCAGGUACCAGAGAUAGACCAAGAGCACUGUCUGGACCUUCUUUCCAGGCUCAUCCAGAUCAAGAGCUAUUCUCAGACUGAUGGAGAACUGGAGGCAACAAGAUUUAUGGCGAACCAGAUGAAAAGCAUCGGCCUGGAAGCAGACGUCUUUCCUUUUGACGAAGGCCGGAGACAAAAUGCUAUUGGAAUCUGGAAAGGAAAGGGGGUUGCUGGAGGUUCACAAGCUCCCAAAACCUUACUUUUCAAUGGCCAUCUGGACACGAACCCUGUCUCUGAAGGAUGGACGGUGGACCCCUGGGAAGGCAAAAUCGAUGAGGAAUUCAUUUACGGCAUCGGAGUCAGCAACAUGAAGUCUGGCUGUGCAGCCUACUUUUGUGCCGUCGAGGCCCUCCUUCAGAGCGGAUGGCGACCCAAGGGAGACGUGGUCUUGACAUAUGUCGUGGGAGAGCUCCAAGGAGGCGUCGGUACUAUGGCUUUGAUUGAUCAGGGCCGGGUACAAAGGGCUGACUAUUUCGUCAACUGCGAGCCUUCAGACAUCAAAGCUGUUACCAUGCAUGCAGAAGCAUUGGUCUUUGAGAUCGAAAUCAUCGGGGUUACGCGGCACAUGUCCGCGAAAGAGGAGGCUUCCGACGCUAUUCUGGCUGGAUGCGAGCUGAUCUUGCAGAUGGACAAGAUGAAGUUCCGCGGGGCAAAGAGCAGCGAACAUGAGAAGUGCAACCGGUGUUCGGUGGGCGUUGUUCAUGGUGCUCUUGGCAAGGACUUGGUUGAAUGGCGGCCGGCUCAAGUUGCGGACGUUUGCAGGCUCGCCGGGAGCGCGAGAUAUGCUCCCGGCCAAACCCAAGACAGCGUCAUGACCGACAUCCGGGAACUGGUCGACAAGAUCAUUGAGAAGUAUCCCGGGAUGUCGGCGACGGUCAGCCAAAGAUUUGAGCCGACAAUGCCUGCGUUCGAGGUUUCACCUGAGUCGCGCAUUGUGACGUCUUUGAAUAAGGCUUACCGUGAAAUUCGGAAUCAAGAGCAACCAACUGGUGUUCUUGCGCCGACUUGUUUCUACGGGUCUGACGCCGGGCAUCUCUUCAAAACUCUGGGUAUGGAGGGGAUAGUCUGUGGUCCCGGAGGGAAGUACAACACCCGGCCGGACGAAAAGGUCGACAUUGUGGACUAUAUUGAUUGUAUCAAAAUGUUUAUGCGUUUGAUCAUCAAGGUGGCCCAAAAAGAGGCAGAACAGCUGAUGCUGGAGACACCUACAACGGCCAACCUGCGUCAUUGGUCCAAAGAAUACAGCGCGGAACCCCAUCUCGCCGGCGAUCUGGCCCACGCCACACGCAUCCGAGAUCUUUGGAGAUCAUACGGCAUUCCCACGGAACUGGAACAGUACGAUGUGCUUCAAAACUUUCCCGUGUCACAAAGCCUUCAACUCCUCGACUCUGACGGAGAAGUCGCAUUCGAAGCGUCGUUGACAGAAGACGAGGUUCCUGAAGAUCCCACGUCAUCACCCAAGAAUGGUCUCCCAGCAUUCCACGGUUUCAGUGCCAAUGGCGAGACCUGCGCCGAGCUAGUUUACGCAAACUUUGGCGAGUUGAGAGACUUUGAGCUUCUCGAGUCGAAGGGGGUCUCAAUUAAAGGGAAAAUUGUCAUCUGCAAGUACGCCAAAGUCUUCAGAGGCUUGAAGGUUCGGGCGGCUGAGCAGUACGGCGCUGCUGCUGUUAUAUUGUACAACGAUCCACAAGAAGACGGGCAGUACACCGAGGCCAAUGGUUACAAGCCUUUUCCACAUGGACCAGCUAGGCAUCCCAAGUCUAUUCAGAGAGGAAGCGUCGACUUCUUCUCGAUAGCUGUCGGAGACCCUACGACCCCUGGGUACCCAAGCUUGCCUGGAACUGACGUCGAACGCCAAGAUCCUGGACACGCAACCCCGAAGAUACCAUCUCUUCCGAUAUCCUAUGCCGACGCUGUUCCAUUCUUGAAGGCCCUGAAUGGACAGGGUUUGAGUCCCUUUUCCAUGGGCGGCGAAGGGAGUGAUUGGAAAGGGUGCCUUACUGACGUACACUACUUCACGGGACCAAGCAAAGUGCGAGUCUCAUUAGCCAACCAUGGAACUUACAAAUACGCUCCGAUCUACAAUGUCAUAGGAACGAUUCGAGGACUGACGGACGAAAGCAUUGUUCUUGGAAAUCACCACGAUUCCUGGUGUUGCGGUGCCAUCGACCCUGUCAGCGGAACAUCUGCUAUGAAUGAGGUCGCCCGCGCUUUGGGAGAGCUGUGCCAGAGAGGUUGGAGACCAUAUCGCAAGAUAAUACUGGCAAAUUGGGAUAAUGAAGAGUACGGCUUGGUGGGCUCCACCGAAUGGGGUGAGCAUCACCAAGAAGAAUUGAGCAAGAAUUGCGUAGCAUACCUCAACGUCGAUGAGGCUACAAAUGGCGGCCAAGUACUCGGCGUCACAGGUAGCCCCCUGCUGACCAGCGUCCUCAUGGAUGUUACCCAAUUGAUCCGGUCACCAAUUCACGAAGGCAAGACUGUCUACGAUGAUUGGCUUGGUGACCAACGUCGGACUGACCCUGGGCGUUCAACCCCAGUGCUUGACCUCAUGGGAACCGGGAGUGACUACACAGUCUUCUUCAACCAUCUUGGCAUUCCCUCCGUCGACCUACUGUUCAAUCGCCAGGGCCAAGGAGUUUAUCCUUAUCACUCCAACUAUGACAGCUUCUACUGGGUUGAGAAGUUUGGUGACGUGGGCUUCAAGAAGCAUCUUGCCAUGGCUCAGCUAUGGGGACUUCUGACAGUUCGGCUCGCUGGCACCGGAAACAUCUUAUUUGAGGCUGUGGAGUAUUCAAAGGUUCUAGCACAUCACUCAAAAAUGCUGAAGACCGAAUAUGGGAGUUUGCUUGAACUCUCGGCCCUUGACGGAGCGAUAAGUCGAUUUCACGCUGCUGCUCUUGAAGUAGACGCGAGAUCGAACACCAAAGCUUCUGUCACAAACCUACAACCCGAUAGCGGUAUCUUUGCUCCAGGACUCUGGUACGGAUACGAUGGAGUUAUCUUUCCCGGGGCCAUAGAAUGCAUGGAGGCGGGGGACACGAAAGGUGCGACUCAGUGGAUCGCGAAGAUUGUUGAAGCCAUUGAGAAAGUGUCAAAGUUCAUUGUGAAUGACACUGAGCUCUGA